GGAGGCACCGGGAGCGCCGAGCAGGGACCUGGGGUAAAUGCUAAACCCAAGCGGAGACGCACAGAGCCGAUGGGUCAUAGCUGGAGGGAAGGAGAUCGGACCCCAGAGCUCCUCUGUCUUCGUGGGCUUGGCUAGUUCUUCAAAGCUCCGAGCAGAAAAGGGAGGUGGCGUUUAAGCAAAACGUCUUGGGGUUCCGAGUCCCUACCUCUCCACGUCCUGUGAAGGUGCGACUCAGUUCAUCUAUCUGUGAAAUGGGCCGAUUAAUCCCCGCCUCGUGGAUGGGGAAACUGAGAAGGUCGCCGGCCCCACCGCGGCCCGGGGUCAUCUUUCUCUGCCGCGGACCGUUUCCUGGGGCGAAGCGUCUUCGUUCUUUUCUGCGCUUGGGAAUUUAGAACGGUCCCUGGACCGCCGGGGGCGUGCCCGGAAGUGCUCCUACGGAAGCGGGCGGGGUCGCGCGCAGCUCUUCACCAUGGCGACGGCGGGGGCCCCGCGGCGCUUCUGCCGCUGCGCCUGCUUCUGCUCCGAGAACUUGUACGUGGCGCGCUACGGGCUGCACCUGCGCUUCCGGGGCGAGCAGCAGCUGCGCCAGGACUACGGCCCGAUCCUGCGCAGCCGAGGCUGUGUCAGCCCCGAGGACUUCCGGCAGCUGUUAGGAGAGCUUGAGCAGGAGGUGGAGCGGCGGCGGCAGCUGGGGCACGAGUCGGCUGCCAGGAAAGCCCUCAUCGCACGCUCCUACCACCCGGUGCGACCCGAGCUCUACAGCGCGCUGCAGGAUGUGGCUCUGGCCCCUGAGUUUCUGGCCGCGGCUGAGUACAGCACAUCGCCAGGUGCAGACCUCGAGGGCCUUCUCCAGCGGCUGGAGACAGUGUCGGAGGAGAAGCGCAUCUACCGGCUGCCGGUGUUCACGGCACCAUUCUGCCAGGCCCUGCUGGAGGAGCUGGAGCAUUUCGAGCAGUCGGACAUGCCCAAGGGAAGACCCAACACCAUGAACAACUAUGGGGUGCUGCUACAUGAGCUAGGCCUGGAUGAGCCGCUGGUGACGCCGCUGCGGGAGCGCUUCCUGCAGCCGCUGAUGGCCCUACUGUACCCAGACUGUGGGGGAGGCUGGCUCGACAGCCAUCGCGCCUUUGUGGUCAAAUACGCACUGGGCCAGGACCGCGAGCUGGGCUGCCACUACGAUAACGCCGAGCUCACCCUCAACGUGGCCCUGGGCAAGGCCUUCACAGGGGGCGCCCUGUACUUCGGGGGCCUCUUCCAGGUGCCCUCAGCCCUGGCCAAGCCCCUGGAGGUGGAGCACAUGGUGGGCCAGGGCAUUCUGCACCGGGGCGGCCAGCUGCAUGGGGCCCGGCCUCUGGGCACUGGCGAGCGCUGGAACCUCGUCGUCUGGCUCCGGGCCUCUGCUGUGCGCAACCGCCUCUGCCCCAUGUGCUGCCGCAAGCCUGACCUGGUGGACGAUGAGGGCUUCGGCGACGGCUUCACCCGGGAGGAGCCCACCACGGUGGAUGUGUGUGCGCUGACUUGAGCCUGGUCAGGCCCAGUGCAGGGGUGGCACGGCUCGGAGGGCUCUGCCUCCUUGGGCUGGGCAGGCAGAAAUAAACUCUCUGCAUCCCUCUGCACUUCUGGGUUCAAAAGGACAUGCCUGCUUCUGGGUCAUUCUUUAAGCAGACAGGCUGGCUUAGGUCAGCUUUGUUAGAAGCAGAGCUUGCGGUGGGGCUUCCUGUGCAAGUGGUUUAUUGAGGAAAGGCCCUCAGGAGAAGAGAGUGAGGGAAGCAGGAUGGGGCAGGAAGGAUCCGGGCCACCGUGUGGUUUCAGGUGGAACCUAGCCUCAGCCAGGUGUCAGCUGUCAGCAGUGGACACCACAGCCGGAGGUGAGUGCACCUGCCUGUGAGGGGGAUCUCGGUGGGCCACCAGUAGCAUCUUCUAGAUGGUGCUGAGGGCCUACUGCAGAGGAAUGAAGAGCAGGGACUCGAGCCAGACUGUCUGGGUGUGAAUUCUGAUUCUGCCACUUCCAGCUCUGUGAGCGUGGGUAUGCCACCCGACGUCACCGUGCCUUAGUUCCCUCGUCUGGACAGCGCCUGUCUCUUGGAGUUGCUGUAAGAUUCUAAUGAGUUAACGUGAAUAAAGUGCUUGAUAACAGCUGUGUUUGCUGCUAUCAUAAUUAUUCAAGAGUUUGCAGCUUGAUGGCCCCCACAGUGGGUGAGCCGUGCAGCUGUGCCGUCUUUGGGUUGCACGUCUGAAAACCAGGGAUUUCCAUAUUGAAUCGUGAGUUGAGGCUUCGCUGGGAAGGCGGGAAGAUCUGGAAUCACAUCCAGAUGGCCGCCCACUCCCUCACGGGGGCCCCUCCCUCGUCCACUGCCACGACCUCUCCGGCCCGCCGGACAUCUGAGUCUGCGACCUCGGGGUUACUGGCUGGGGACGCUGGAAGGCUGCGGC